AAAACUAAUUAAAGCGAAGCGUAAGUUGUAAGAGAGUGUCAUCAUAACAGAAAUCAGGGAUGAGGAUGUAAUCUGAAAUUCUUUAUUCAUACCAUUUUCGUUGGGCUUCGGUUUUCAUAGAGAGAGAAAGAGAGGAAGAGGAAAUGGGAGUGCUGUCCAAUAUGAUCGAUCGGGAACAACUGAAGCCCGGUGAUCACAUUUACUCUUGGAGGCAAGCGUACAUCUAUGCACACCACGGAAUAUAUGUCGGUGAUGGAAUGGUGAUCCACUUUACCAGAGGAGCAGGUCAAGAAAUUGGAACAGGAACUGUGUUGGACAAUCUCCUUUUCAGUUCAUCUCCCUCUCAUUCUUCCGACACUCCGUGCCCAAGAUGCGGUGAUCAAACUAGGACUGAUGGUGUCAUCUCUUCCUGUUUGGAUUGUUUCCUUUAUGGUGGUAAUCUAUACAUCUUUGAAUAUGGGGUUUCACCUGCAUUUUUUCUAGCCAAAGCUCGAGGAGGCACCUGCACUCUUGCUCCUUCUGAUCCAACUGAAGAUGUCCUUCAUCGUUCUUCAUUUCUUCUUGAAAAUGGGUUUGGUGUCUACAACAUUUUCAAGAAUAACUGUGAAGACUUUGCUAUUUACUGCAAAACAGGUCUUCUUGUAUCCACAAGUGUCAGUGUUGGUCGCAGUGGGCAAGCAGCAUCUUACUUAGCUGCUGCUAGUACUUUAGUUUCUACACCGCUUCGUUUUAUGACCACCAGUUUUAGUGGUUUGGCAUUGGUUGGUGUUAGCUUUUACUGUGUUGGCAGAUUGAUGUCUGAUAUUGGAGUACGCCGUGAUGUGUCUAAAGUUCCAGUGGAAAGGCUUAUAGCUUCACCUGGUUUAGAUGUACCAGAGAAUACAACUGAGAUGGCCAAGGAAGAUUAGAGUUGGUUGGGGAAACUCUUAUACGUAAUGUUAAAGCUUGUUUGAUGUUGUUAAUGGCUACCUAUAUACAAGUGAAGUUACAUUGAACUCCCUCCAAUAUCUGCUGUUUUUAUUUGUGUGACAUGUUCUGUACAAACCAUUAUUUUAUUUGGAUAUUAUUUUAUUUGUGAAACAUUGAAUCGGCCCUAUACCUUGACUUCUGCUAUCAAAAUAACUUGACUUUUCAUUACCUUAA